AUGGCGUCACGACCGAUCGUACGCCGGCCCGACGGCUUGGUCGACCUGACCCCGGAUCCGCCGCUCGACGUCCCGACGCACCUCCUCCCGGCGACGACGGCGAACCGAUGGAAGAUCGCCGCCGCGCUGACGGUGACGAACUUCAGCGUGAAGAAGGCGAAGGAUAAGGGCGACGCGUUGCGAGACGCGAUGCUCGCGGCGGCGGGCGCGGCGGGGCCGGACGCGAUCGCGCGCGCCGGCGAAGGCGGGAAGGAGAACCGAAACGAAAACCAGGAAAAUCGCCAAAAAAACGUUUCGGCGCCGCCGCCGUUUGGAUACGAGGAUCACGAGACGCGUGAGGCUGCGGUCGCGGCGCACGCGGCGGUGCUGACGCGCGACGCGUCGCGCGCGAUGAGAGAGAGGAAGUACGUCAAGGCGGAGGUGUUCCUGCGGCAGCUGCUGGACAUCGCGUGGAGGGAGGCGGCGUUCGAGGAGGAGGAGGAAGCGGAAGCCGCCGCGCGCGAGAAGGAAGAGGCGGCGAGGAGGAGGAAAAAGAAUAAAGCCGCCGCCGCCGCCGCCGCCGCCGCCGCGAGCGGUCGGCCGUCCACGGCGCGCGCGUCGAACGAAGAAGAAGAAGAAGAAGACGCCGACGCCGACGAAGAGAUCGUCGACCCCCCCGCGGCCGCGCCGGUGCUGUACCGCCUCGCCCAGGCGGUCGGAAAACAACGCGGCCGACGAAAGGAAGAAGCCGCGCUGCUCCUCCGCGCGUUGCGAUCGAUCGAAGCCGCGUCGGGCUCUGACGCCGCCGCCGCCGACGCCACGGCGAUCGCGCGAGGCGACGCCAACGCCGUCGACGCCGCCGACGCAGAGAUGCAGAUGCGAUACCGCGUCCUCUGCGCGCUGCACGCGUCGCACGCGUCGAACGACGUCGACGACGGCGGCCUCGCGCGCGCGUACGCGGAGCGCGCGCUUUACGUCGCCGCGCGCGCGAAAGGCCCGUGGCAUCCGCAGACCGCCGACGCGCACUACCGCGUCGCGUCCGCACGCGUCCGCGCGGGGUGUUACGCCGAGGCGGAGCGGUCGCUGAGCCGCGCGCUCGCGAUUCGCGUGCGGACGGACGGCGAGCGGCACCGCGAGACGGGGCGGACGCACAAGCGGAUGGGCAAUUUCGCGCGCGCGGCUCGGUUCGACGACGCGUGGCGGCGGUGCGCGCGCGGCGACCCGGCGACGACGACAUCGGGGCUGCCGCGCGGCGGAGUCCGAGGUGGAGGCGGGUCGUCGAUGAGAAGCGGGGUAGCGGACGCGGUGCGCGCGAACGCGAGGAGGGCGCGCGAGGCGCACGUCGAAGAGCGGAGGAACGUCGCCGCGAGGGAGACGGCGGCGGGGGCGGCGCGGUAUCACGACGAGGAAGACGAGGAGGCGUACCGCGCGAGCCGAAGUCGGUUCCGCGGCGGCGAGGGCGAGGACGAUAGGGACGAUAGGGACUACUGUAGGUCUUCUUCUUCGGUGGCGUCGCCGUCGUACAGCGACGCGUCCGGGGCGGACCCGCUGCUCGGCACGUGGGGCGGCAACUUGCAGUCGUUUUCGCCCGCGGCGGCGGACGGCGGCGACGGAGGACCCGGGAGAGCGACGAGACGUCCGGGGGGGGUUCCCGCGCUGGAUUUCUCGUCGCUGCCGGGGCCGGACUUUUCCGACGACGAGGACGAUAGGGGUGGUGGUGGUGGGAACAGGAAGUAG